AAACUUGAAGCUUCAUUUCUCUUCCAGAUUUUCAACUCCCAUGGCUUCUUCCAUUGAAAACCAUGAGCUUCACUUCAUUCUGAUUCCUCUAAUGGCUCAAGGCCACAUGAUUCCAAUGACAGACAUAGCGAGAUUGCUAGCCCAACAAGGCGUUACCAUCACCAUCGUCACUACCCCACUUAACGCUUUUCGAUUCAAAUCGAUCAUCGAUCGUGCCGCCAAAUCUGGCCUUCGAAUCCAACUUCUCCAACUUCGUUUCCCAUCUACAGAACUUGGAUUACCAGAUGGGUGUGAGAAUCUCGACAAUCUCCCCUCACGAGAACUGAUCAAAAAUUUCUUCCACGCUGCAAGCAUGCUUCAACCAGCCUUGGAGCAAUCUCUUCAAGAAAUGGAACCAUACCCGAGCUGCUUAAUCUCCCAUAUGGGUCUUCCAUGGACAUCUCAUAUAGCUCUUAAGUUUGGAAUUCCAAGGUUUUUCUUCAAUGGUAUGUCUUGCUUCAGUCUCUUGUGCAACCAAAACUUACUCUGUUACAAGCCGCAUGAAAGUGUCGAAUCCGAUUCGGAGCCCUUUGUGGUUCCAGGCAUGCCUCAUCGAAUCGAGCUAACAAAGGCUCAGUUAGCAGGAAGUGUUCGUGACGAUGAACCCUCUAUCAGAGAAAUCAGAAAACAAGUCAGAGAAGCUGAGCGAACGGCGGAUGGUGUGGUGAUUAACAGUUUUUACGAAUUGGAAACUUGUUAUGUGGACGAGUACCAGAAGCUUAUGGGGAAGAAAGCUUGGUGUGUUGGCCCUGUUUCACUAUACAACAAGGAAGCCUCAGAUAAGGCUGAGAGAGGUAAUAAAGCAGCCAUUGAUGAGGACCAAUGCUUGGAGUGGUUGGAUUCGAGAGAAGCAGAGUCUGUCGUUUACGUUUGUCUUGGAAGCCUAUGUCCCUUGGCUCCUUCACAAUUGAUUGAGAUUGGGUUGGCUUUGGAGAGAUCGAACCGCCCAUUUGUAUGGGUGAUCAGACAAGGAAACAACAAUAAACCAUCAGAAGAAUUGGAGAGAUUGGAACAGAGGACCAAAGGAAGAGGGCUUUUGAUUCGAGGCUGGGCACCACAAGUGUUGAUCUUGUCACACAGGGCAGUGGGAGUUUUCGUAACACAUUGUGGGUGGAAUUCGACCCUGGAAGGGAUGAGUGCAGGUGUGCCUAUGAUAACAUGGCCCAUGUUUGCAGAUCAAUUCUAUAACGAGAAACUGAUUGUGCAGAUUUUGGGGAUUGGAGUAAGGGUUGGUGUGGAUGUCUCUUGUCAGAUGGGGGAAGGUGAAAAGCUUGGGGUUUAUGUGAAGGGAGAAGAGGUUGAGAAGACAAUUGGGAUUUUAAUGGAUGGUGGAGAGGAAGGAGAAGUGGUAAGGAAGAAAGCAAGAGAGGUUGGGGAGAUAGCAAACAGAGCAGUUGAAGAAGGGGGUUCUUCUCAUCUCAACAUCUCACUCUUUAUUCAAGAUAUCAAGCUUCAGGUAGUAGAGAAGCAAUCAAGGAGGAGAGGAGUUGAUUUGAAGUGAAAUCAAAGAGAGUUAUA